AUGGCUAAUCAGCCUCCACCGUUGAUUCAUGGCCCAAGCUCUGGUUUGGGUCCAGGUGGGUUUCAGUAUAUGAAUUCUCCAUUUGGGGACACCACUUUCACUAAAGUCUUCGUUGGAGGGCUGGCCUGGGAGACUCAGAGUGAGACCUUGAGGCGAUAUUUUGAGCAGUUUGGUGAAAUUCUCGAGGCAGUUGUCAUCACGGAUAAGAACACCGGCCGAUCCAAAGGAUACGGUUUUGUGACUUUCCGGCAUCCAGAGUCUGCUAGGAGGGCAUGUGCUGAUCCGAGUCCAAUUAUUGAUGGGAGAAGAGCGAAUUGUAAUUUGGCUUCACUCGGACGCCCUCGUCCCGUCAUGCCCUUUGGACGUCUUAGAUCUCCAGCACCUUACCUUGGAGGGCUACCAGCUGCCAGGGGUCCUUAUAUUGGAAGUUUUGGCCAUCAGCAACCACCCUCCUAUGGUUACCAGCAAGGCUUGAUGUAUUCUCCAUAUGGAUAUGCUGCUUACAGUCCAGAAUAUGCUUAUCCCCAGGGCGUGUACAAUCCUUACGGAGGUCAGCAAUACCUUCAAAUUUAUGGUGUUCCUGGAGCAGUAAACAACACUAUGUAUCCUUACAGUUCUUUGAGCCAAGCUGUUCCAGGAAGUCAAGGUUUUACGACGUUGCAGGGAUAUGCAAUAUCUGGUCACCCGAUAGUACAGUUUGGUGGGCCAAGCGUCACUGCAAUGGCAACUUCAUCUGUUCCAGCACCGUUCCCUGCAGGUGCUGCAGCACCUAUUACUCCGCAGCCACAAUUCAUACUAUCUGCUCGUUCUCCUCAAUUCGUGCAAGGUAGCAGUUUUGACCAAAAUGCUGGCCUUGCAAAUUAUCCAUUUUGCAUUCUAGAGGUGUUACAUUUUCGAGCUCACCAUAGAAGUCAAUGUCCAUGUUGCCCUUUAGGAGGAGAGGAACAAAUGGAAACAAGCGGAUUCCACUUCCUUCAAUCAUCAUGUAUAUAA